ACUCUUGACUACUGCAUUGUGUCUGGUUGAUCGAAACCAACACGAUUCAAAUCAAGUCAAGCCACCGUUUAUCAGCCAAUCACUUCGUUAUCCUAAUCAUCGAGUUGAACAGCAACAGGAAUCAAAGUCAGCUACUAACAUCACCACUGAGUUACUAGAUGAAGCAACUUCGACACCAACUGCUUUGGAACUUGAACAUAUCAUGAAAAGGGAACAAGAACGUCGAAAGCAGACGCUGGCUGCAGCAUGUCAGGAUCUUAAAUCGGAACCAACUAGCGACUACAGACAUUUACUCGUCAACAACAAACAUCAAAUCCUCUUUAAUUUCAUCCCCAAGGUGUCUUGCUCGACGUGGAAGACAAUCUGGCGUAGACUGAACAGCAAGAAUGGAGAGUUAAAAAUGUUACUACCACAUUACAGAAAAGACGACGCCCGGUUGAUGAACUAUCGUAAAGUGUUGUUUGUACGAGAACCAAUGAGCAGAUUACUUUCAGCGUAUUUGAGUAAAUUUCAUUCUUGGACUGGUACUCAACGAAUCUGGGAGAGUCGCUAUGGGAGAGCCAUUGUGAAGCGUUACAGAGGCGUUGAAAACCCGAAGCUCGGAGGGGGGGGGGGGAAAUGGUUGAAUAUUACAUUCAUUGAAUUUAUCAAACACAUCACUGAUCUGGGUAGUGGUAUCAGAAUAAAUGAGUUAAAUGACCACUGGCUGCCACAGUAUAAACUAUCACGGCCUUGUCAUGUCAAAUACGAUUUCAUCGGCCAUUUUGAAAAUAUUGCAGUUGAAGGUCCGUUCGUACUAAGAUGGCUAGGUAUCAACCACUUCGUUCGCUUCCCAAAAUACCAUAGUUCAAACGCAAAAGAACAUUUUGGGGAAUAUUACGAAUCGAUAUCGCCUGAUUUAAUGCGGAAACUGAUGGAUUAUUACCGUGAGGAUUAUAAACUAUUUGGAUAUUCCCCCGAUGACGUCAUGAGUUUGGUUCAACGGGGUGUUUAAGGAACACAACACUAAUCCAAUGAAUCUUGAAACGUGAAACUGCGUCUUAUGGCUGUACAAACUUUUUGUUAGCACUAGACUUGGUUCCAAGUCUCUGAUCGUGGUUUUUAGUCUACCCGAUAGCCAAUACAUUAUUGCCUGAAAUAGCGCCCUCUUGUAGAUUAACCUGCAAGAUAGCUAAUAUGUGACCAUCCACCACCAAUGGGCUGUAAAGUUGACACUUUUACUGUUAUGGGCUCAAUGCAUUUUU